CUUCCCCCCUGGCCAUCGUACCUCCUGGCCUUAUCUUCGGCGACAUUCUUUCUAUUACUAUCAUUGCGAGCGUCUUUGUAUCAACAGCGCUACCGUUUUAAUCUCUAUCCCAGCUGUCGACCAGCCCCUGCCAGCGGGAAAUACCUCCGAGUCAUGAAGCUGCUUACCAGCUUCUUCCUACAUUCUGUCCUUCUUUUAUCUUACCUUUCCCCGAUCAGAGCCGCCUCGGACCCCACGAAUCCCAAGGAGACGCUCUCUCCGUGCGUCGCGCGUUCUCCGACUACUGGCCUGUACUUCGAUCUUAAUGGAAUCUCUUUAUCCCCUCCGGAACUGAAGGACGGCGAGAAGGCCCGCAAACAUGCUCGCAAGGACAGUUGGCAUGCCAGAGGCCAUGACUAUGGUGCGAACUUCACCAUUAACUUUUGCGCUCCAGUUUUGGAGAACCUUAAAGAUGUAGUGGGUGUUGAGAAAGCGAGGUGGAAGGAUGUCGGUGCAUUCUAUGUGAAGGAUGAGAAGACGUAUUCCUUAGGACAACAAGCUUCCGAUCCCUUCUUCCGCGGCCGGAAACUGGUUUUGAAUUACACAAACGGUUCACCCUGCCCUAGCGACGGUGAUUCCCGUACCAAAUCUACGAUUAUGUCUUUCCUUUGCGACCGCGACACUCUUGCCUCCCAGACUGCUGUAUCUUUCGUUGGAACAAUGGAUUCCUGCACAUAUUUCUUCGAAGUCCGCAGCUCCGCGGCCUGCGGCAUUGCCUCUAGCCCCAAUGGUCAGGGCCUGGGACCCGCCGGCGUGUUCGGGGUGAUUGCAUUGAUUGCUGUCGCCGCAUACCUGAUUGGUGGUUGCGCAUACCAGCGGACUGUCAUGCACCAACGGGGAUGGAGGCAAUGCCCGAACUACAGUCUCUGGGCUGGGAUGUUUGGCUUUUUAAAAGUAAGUAUACUAGCAUUAAUCCCAUUUCGAAAGUCUUUAUGCUCCUUGUGGAAUGGCGUAACCCAUCACAAGGAGUCUAGGAUUGCGAAAUUGCCCACUUCGAGGAUGGAUUGAUGCUUGAAAUUCCCUGUUUUGGCUGGACCAAGGCACGUUAUAUUGGGCGAUCUUUUUUACACUCGUUCAUCUUAAUUUUCUGCCUGUUGAUUCUUUCAUAUAAACCUGCUAGACCGAGUGUACGCUGUAUGUGCCGCAUGCUAUCUAAUCCCUUGAGGGUAUUUUUUUAUAUUGAGGGGUCGCUAUCUGCUUGGCCUAGAUCCCCAUGCGCUAAGUACAGAUGGUUGGAAGAUUGUGCAUCAGAAUAGAUUUCUUCAUGUUUCCUUCUCGUCAUUUCAAUCCGUCACUCUAUUCACGUGAAGAGGAGCAUACCAUUACAUGUGAAAUGAAACCUUGCUAACACGGCAUCGCCCUUCCACUUGGAAACUUAACAGGACAUGGCUAUCAUCCUCUUCUCCUCGCUUGGCCGCCUAUUUCGUCUGAAACAUGUUUCACGCGGCGGCCCUGUCCGUGUGGAUGACCCGGGAGAAGCAGACGGGCAACAUAGCAGCUUUAUCAAUGCGAUCGGCGGGCGACGCGCAAGGGACGGCGCCCGCGCGGAUGUGGAUGCGGAGAACCAGCUAAUAGAUCAAUUGGACGAGGAAUGGGACGAUUGACGGGACUUGGAUUUUUUUCUAUUAUUUAGUGUAUCGUUGGGUUCAAUAUUGAUCCCUUGGAUCUGUUCACGUAUUAUCUAGGUUGGUAGACCGGAGGUAGGUCGUACGGAGUUAUGAUCGCGAUCUGAUAUCACAUUGUUCGUCAUCUCAUCUCCAAUUUACUGUCAUUGGCGGCUUACGGUCAAACAUUAAUUUAUUUUAAGGCCAGCCAACCAAGGAGGCCGAGGCUAUUGGCCAGUUAAAAUAGUAUGACCCACUUAUGGUUUCCUACAAUGAUUGGGAGGGAAUCACAAACUCCGAAUAAAUGGUCAGAAGGGAACAUGAUACAAAUAGAAUAGUUAGACACAUUUUAUCGAUUUCCCUAUUGGUAGCUAGAGCCAAUUACAUUUUAUUCUACGUGUUUGGUAACUGUGGUCCACCGUACUUUUCCCUGGUUCUUCGUCUCCUUUAAUGUAAGGACCUUGUCUUUGUUUUUGUUCUAUUCGUAUCCAGCAUUUCUCAGCAUCUCAGCGUCUCACGAUUUUACAGCGCAUCAUAUCUAAAGGAAAAUUCCGAGAAAACCGAGGUUAGAAUCCUAAAAGGAUGCGAUCAUUUCGUUUACCAAGCAGGGACGAGCUCCGCUGUAUAUGCGAUAGGUUCAAAUGUUAUUUGUAAGGUCAAAACUUGGUGCGAUGGCAUGGAACUGGAAAGCGAAACCUUGGCUUUUCUUACCGCGAAAUUUCCACACAUUCCAAUCCCGGAGGUCGUUCAUUCAUGGCUGGACCGGAAAUUCAAUCGGACCUUUCUUCUUUUGAAACGGAUCAAUGCGCAAACGUUAGACGACGCCUGGCCAUCUCUCUCCUCCAAACAGCAUCACAUUGCUACUACUGUCGCCCAGUACUUGCGCGAUCUCGCAACAUUGCAAUCUCCGUCAUUUCAAAGUGCAACAGAGCGGGGGAUCCUUGAGCCAUUCUUAACAGUCUAGGCGGAAGACUCCAUCCGUCGUGGAAGCCUCAGCUAUUAGGACCAUUUUCGCUGCCUAUUUUUAAGAGAUAUCUUCAAAGAAUCAGAUGUGUGGCAUGGUCAUUUCCAAACAGCCUGUUUAUGCAUAUUCCCAGCAUAUUCUCAACUUGUACUUGCUGAUAUUGUUUUUUGCAGUUCUGACACUGUAAAGGGGGGUGUACGUGCAUUGCUCCCUGUGACAGGAACCAGGUUGUGAUUGAGGGAUCUCAGGGAUGGAUAUACCAAGACAAUGACACUAUACCACACAGCACCGAACAAUCUUAGCAAGACAACAAUAUAAUGAUAAAAGGAAACACAACGACGAAGGAGCCUCGCUCCGUUCUAUACAAUGAUAGCGAUACUAGUGAAGCAACCUAGAAACCAAAAGAAUGCUCAAUUUCUC